CGUCAUCCCCAAGCUGAUAUCAUACAGAAGCUAAAGAACUUUCGUAGCUUCCGAGCGAGUCAGGAUAUCGAGUGUCGAAGAAAAGAAGUUUCGCAGGGUCGCGGAAAUUUCUCAUCGACGUACAACGGAUUUGUUUUACAAGUACGACUGCCAAGCUCGUAAAGCAUUACGUUUCGCUCCGUUUCUAAUAAUUGUUCCGCCCUAUAUCGAGCUUAAUGGCGCUUGACAGCUUUCUUCGUGUGUUCGUCUGCAUCCCGACCACCGCUCGGCUGUCGUGACGAUGUUCAUGACGUAAUUAAGUUAUACCAUGGUGGUGUGUUAGUUGAAUUCUUGUUUGGCGAUUUAUUUGCCAUUUUGCUCCGUCAUUUCACGAUCGAAUAAGGAAAACGUGAAGUACUCGGCUCACUCUCGACGUACAAAAUGGACAGCAACAAGGAUGAGGCGGAACGUUGCAUGGAACUCGCGGAACGCCACAUGCGAGAGAAGAAAUACGAGGAGGCUGAAAAGUUCGCUCGUAAAGCUCAAAAACUUUACCCGAUGAAGAAGGCCGAAGACUUGUUAGCAGAAGUGUCGAUACUUUCAAAGCAAAACCAGAAGCCUGAGUCGGCUGAACCUACAGUUAGAAAGCGUCAAAACGUUACUAAGGAUGGAACACAUCCUCAGACUGGAAGUGAAUAUACAAAAGAACAGAUGGAUCACGUGAAAAGGAUAAAGAAAUGCAAGGAUUAUUACGAGAUCUUAGGAGUCACCAAAGAAGCUACUGACAGUGAUAUUAAAAAGGCGUAUAAAAAGUUAGCGCUUCAGUUACAUCCUGACAAGAAUAAAGCACCAGGUGCUGCUGAAGCCUUCAAGGCAAUCGGAAAUGCAGUUGCUAUUCUUACCGAUGCUGAGAAACGAAAACAAUAUGAUAUGUAUGGUCCUGAAGAAGAACGAAUGCAAAAUACACAAACUCGUCAAGGUCAUACGCAUUACAAUUAUACUCGAGGGUUCGAAGCUGAUAUCACGGCUGAGGAAUUGUUCAACAUGUUCUUUGGCGUCGGUUUCCCGCAACAAGAGUUUUAUAUGCGUCGGCCAGGUGGAAGAUGGAUGAGGCAACAGGAUGCACAGGCACAACAUGCUCAUUCCCAGCAAGCUAAUGGAUACACUACAUUUCUUCAGAUGUUACCGGUUCUGUUAUUAAUAUUGUUAACCAUGAUGAGUAGUUUUUUCAUAUCUGAUCCAGUUUAUAGUCUUCAUUCUAAUUCGAAAUAUUCCGUAUCCAGGAUGACGCAAGGUUUAAAAAUACCGUAUUAUGUUAAAGAAAACUUUCAUAGUGAAUAUCAAGGCAGCCUACGUAGAUUAGAAAUUUCAAUUGAAGAGGAAUUCAUGAAUAGUUUGAGACAAACUUGUGCCAGAGAGAAGAAUUAUAGGGAAAGUAUGAUGUGGAAGGCCCGUAAUUUUGGAGACCAAGAUCUAUUUUUUAAAGCUAAAAAUCUUGAAAUGCCUUCGUGUAAAAGACUACAGGAAAUGCAAGCCUGAUAGACAAACCGUGUAACUAAAUUAAUAAAUAGGAGUCUGUUGUAGAUAGAUGUAUAUUAUAUUUACACGUAUAUAAUUGUCUUCGGGUGUAACGAGAAUGUUUGGCGCAAGGUACAAUUACAUACAUCACAUACAACGUGUUUCUAUGUACACCCAAAGAAGAUUCAUAUAUUUAUCAAAGUCUACACGAUGUUCUCACCGAGAGAACAUGUAUGUACCAUGUGCGUUUGUUUCUAUUAUUUAUUCCAUACGUAAACUAUAAAUUGCAUGACGAAUGACUGAGUGCGAUGCAGAUUGGGUGAGACUUUUAAUUUUAAUUGUUCGACUACAGAACCAGGGAAGGUUUCUUUUGCUCAUGUGUCUCCUUUGAACGAAACAUGUUUAUACGUUGGUUUUUUAAAUCGUUUAGAAAUCAUUUGUAAAGCUAAUAGUGCAACGCGUGUAAUUUGCACUCAGCGUUGCACGUAAAAUCGUGGUACUGUCGAUUGUCAUUAUGGUACCAGUCAUUCCGAUAACUCAAUGAUUUGUAACAAGCGAAAUAAGAGUCUAAUAUUUGUAAGUACAACCACACAGACAACUAUAAUAUAGACUGUAAUUAUUGCGAGAAACUCUGAAUGCAAUAUUAUAUAAUCUCAGUAAUUCGUAUUUUA